GUGCGUUGCUCACGGUUCUGGAUCAAGUGCAGAACGUCGGGCAGGUUGUGGAGAUCGGACAAUCUCAUGUCCAUCAAAAGGAACAGGUGCUUUGGGCCAGAAGAGCCUACCAGCUGGAAUCGCAGUCAGUGCGCCUGGAUGUCUUCGACCACGUCAAGGAGGAAAUCCGAUCCCACCACGACACCUACAUGGGUCGUAUCGACGUGCUGCUUUUGGUCUUGGCCCUGAUUUGGCCCUUUGCCCUCAAUGCGAUUCAGUUCUCGGAUCCCUUCAUACCGCAGACCGAAUUUCAGUGCCAGCACUGUGUGGAAGUGAAGCACAAGUGGAUUGUUCUCAUCUGGAUGACGCUUUUAGGGGCAAUCCUGGUGCUGCCCUUCUGGGGGAUACUGAUGCUGAUACGCUGCCGUCUGAA